ACUGGUGGUUCAUCCAGCAGACCUCUGUUUUAAGCUGCCAGAAAACUCUAGCUUAGAGGAAGGAGCCAUGUGCGAGCCCUUGAGUGUUGGUGUUCAUGUUUGUGAUUGGUCCAGAAACAAAUGUUUUGGUGAUGGAAGAUAAAUGUAACUAAAAUAGGGGCGUGAAGGCCAAGUUUCGAAGAUCAGAUAGCUACAAGAUAAAGGAUAAGGGAUAAGUGAUUAGAACCACACAAAUUCAAGACAGCCUCGUAGAACAUUAUGCUUUGAUUUCAUGGACAAUUCGGAUAUUCUUUAACAGAAACAGAGCUGGUUUCAAAGGAAGAAAAAGGAGAUUACCCCAAAUGGGUUGUAAGCUAAACACCCCCAACGCUCCAUUUCUCUUCAAAUUCCCCACAAAAAGCCCAAAACUUGGAGGGAAAACCUUCACUUUCUGUCCUAAUUUCUGUCUCAGCAGUCAAAGCCAAGAAACACCCACCAUUUCCACCGCCAAAACCCCUCAAACCCAGAUCCCAAAAUCUAAUUUUUCCACCGUUAAUUUCAAGUCUCUCACAGCCUGUAAGCUUGGCAUCUCCAGAUACCCUGAUUUUGAAUACAACGCUGAAGGAGGAACAGGAACUGGCUCCGCCAAGAUCGACGGCGACGGAGGCAGCGGCGAAGUUUCAGUUUCAUUCGAUUUGGGCACCCUCUAUAUCCCGCCAUUGACAACUCAAACCACAAAGUUUCUUGGUCUUCCAUUGCCACCGUUUCUGAAGAUCGACAUCGUCCCAGAACUCUUCCACGGGAACAUCAAUCAAGAAUCCGGCAAGAUUGAGCUAGAAUUCAAGGCAAAGUUCUUAUUCUCAGUUGGGAAUGUGUACAAAGCUCCUCCAUUGCUGGUAAAAACAGUGCUGACAUCUGAGGAAUCAAAAGGAAGCAUAAGAAGUGGAAAAGGUGAAAGAUUAGAUGAAAAGGGCAAGUGCAGAUUGGUGGGGGUAGCCAUUGUUGACCCCAUUGAUGAUCUGCUUCUCAACUCCUUCCUCUCUCUCCCCACUGAAUGCAUUGCAAAACUCAAUGCCAUAAUCACGUUCUCUUAGACACACGAAGAAGAAACUGUAAUUUUUGUUUGGGACAAAACCAGACACAUACAUAUUGAAACCAACAAUUUUAAUGCAUAGGUACUUGUUCUGUUCUUCCGUCAUUUUUAUUUGUGUUUGAAGUGGAGAGCAUAUUAAUAAUAUCUCCUUUAUAUGGCUGA